UUCAUUUGCAUAAUCUGUAUUGUUUCAGAAGAUUAAAGUUAACAAGAAUGGCGGUUUUGGUCAAAUCUACUACUCUUGGAGGAUUAAGACGAUAAGUGUAGCUCUGACCAGUGAAGAGAGGCCCACAAAUGAACUGAUGUGCAAUCACAUGCAGAUAUCUACUCGAUUAGCAUCACUGUUGCAUUCAUCUUCUGGCAAUAGUUUUUGGUCAGAGAUACUAAUGGCAUCUGUCAGAAGAAAUGGAAGCAUAGAAUCCAACCCAGUUGUGUUUGUGUGAACGUCUGAGAGAGAGAGCUCUUCAUUUCUGCCAAAAAUGGUUCUUGCAAAGGUCUGUGAUGCAUAUAAUGGAGGGCCUUUAUCACCUCCAAGCCUGUGACAAUAUUCAAGUACAAUCCAAGAGAGAGGGCAGGUACAGCACACUAAAGUCUUCAGCUUUAAUUUGCCUGAAGAGAACUGAUUGAGGCAUCAGCUUUCAGUAUAUGGCCAUGGAUGAAGAUGCCCCAAGUGGUCUCACCAUCAAGAUUUCAAAUUCCUGCAACAGACCUGGUAAAGAAAUCUCAACUUCUAUUGCUUCAAGUUCAGAUUUGUCUUCUUUAAUCCUACACAAGUCAGUUGAAUCUUCCCCAUACAACUCCCCUUCUCUUGUAUCACCCCCAUCAUCAGCAUUUGUCUCAGCUCUGCAGUCCCCAUAUAUAUCCCCAAGAGCCGUCACCCCAAAACCCCAAGCGCAACCGGAAACCCCAUCAGAGAACCCAACUCCAGCCACCCAUCCUUCACCUUCACCACCAGUCUCGUACCGAGCCUCGCAAUCUGAUGACAUUCCAAGCAGUUCAUACACUCCCCCAUCAGACCAGUACGAAUACUCUGACGACCCAGCUGAUACAAGGCUCAAAUUUGUGACUUGUGUGCCAGCUCAAGAUCCCGCUCCUCCAAGAAUCUCCUUCUCAUUUCCCGUCCCUCGGAUUUCCUUCACCAAAGUCCCAGUUUCUCCUGCAUCCAAUGCCAAACUCAGAAGCUGUGAUGUAUUCAUUGGAUUCCAUGGCCAGAAUCCUAAUCUGGUGCGUUUCUGCAAGUGGCUUAAAUCGGAGCUGGAGCUUCAAGGAAUUGCUUGCUUUGUAGCAGAUAGGGCCAAGUACUCAGAUAGCCAGAGCCAUGAGAUUGCUGACAGGGUUAUCUGCUCGGUGACAUAUGGAGUGAUUGUGGUCUCCAAUUGUAGCUUUCUUAAUCAUCUAAGUAUGGAAGAGAUUAGGUUUUUUGCUCAAAAGAAGAACUUGAUUCCUCUCUUCUUUGGCACAGGGCCAAGUGGCAUCAUGAGUUUACUUGACUGCAGUUCAAUCAGUAAAGAUUGCAGAGAAGCAGUUGAUGGACUAAUCAAGUGUGAUGAAUACAAGUUGGAAGCCAAUGAGGGCAACUGGAGAAGCUGUGUAACCAAAGCUUCAGGGAUUCUGCGAGUGAAGCUUGGACGGAAGAGUGUGGCUGAGAAGGAUGUUGAAGGAUUUGAGGAGCUCCCCUUCCCAAGAAACAGGUUUUUCGUAGGAAGAGAAAAAGAGAUUAUGGAGAUUGAGAGUGCUUUUUUUGGAUUUGAGGAUUGUUGUGAGCAGAAUUAUUCUUUGCCAACCAUCAAGGGCGAAGCCAGCGGGCAAUCUGAAGGGCUGGCGGAUGAAGAAAGUGAAUCGAGCACCAUGACUGGCGGAGGGAGAUAUAUUAAUUUGGAGUUGGGGAAGUGCAAAGAGCCCAAUUUAGAGGCUUGGGUUGAACCAGUUGUGGGGAGAAAUUCAUUGAACUUGAAGAGAUUGAAAUACAAGAAAUCGAAAAGUGGGAACCACAAGAACUUAAGCGGCAGCAGUGUGAUUUGCAUAACCGGGGUUGCCGGCAUAGGCAAGACAGAGCUUGCACUGGAAUAUGCUUACAGGUACUCUCAAAGAUACAAGAUGGUGUUGUGGGUUGGAGGAGAGGCCAGAUACUUCAGGCAGAACAUAUUGAAUCUUUCACUCAAUCUGGGGUUGGAUGUGAGUGCAGAUGCUGAGAAGGAAAGAGGGAGGAUUCGCAGCUUUGAAGAGCAAGAAUUUGAAGCAUUCACGCGAGUGAAAAGAGAAGUAUUUCGCGAAAUGCCUUACCUAUUGAUUCUCGACAAUCUCGAGACAGAGAAGGAAUGGUGGGAAGGGAAAGAUUUGCAUGAUUUGAUUCCAAGAAAUACUGGAGGGUCUCAUGUAAUCAUCACAACUAGGCUGACGAAAGUGAUGAAUUUCGACAUAAUGCAGCUCCUGCCCUUGCCGUUAUCCGAGGCAAUGGUUUUAAUGAGAGGAAGAAGGAAGAAAGACUAUCCAGCUGAAGAGUUUGAGUUCCUAGCUAAGUUCGACGAGAAAUUGGGAAGAUUGAGCUUUGGUUUGUGGGUGAUUGGAUCUCUGCUUUCUGAGCUUGGAAUUACUCCAUCUGCACUAUUUGAGGCAGUGAACCAAGUACCACUUGAAGAUGGUUCUAUUUGCUCAUACUUGAGCAUCACCGACGAACAAUAUUGCAAAAACAAUCCUUUCCUAAUGAAAAUUCUACGUUUUUGCUUGGCAAUCUUGCAGCAAACUAACGAGAGCAGGAACGUUAUUGCCUCAAGAAUGCUUCUUGUUGGUGCCUGGUUUGCCCCAGCUCCCAUUUCAGCGGCUUUGCUGGCUACUGCUGCUAAGAAUGUUCCUGCUGCUGGGGAUCGACUCAGGAGGUGGACUAGAUGCCUAAAAUUUGUAUUUGGUUGCUGUGGUGGUUGUGGUUUAGCACCCCAAAGUGAAGAAGAUUCAGCUCUUCUUCUAGUCAAACUAGGACUAGCACGGAGAGCCAAUAGGCAGCCUGGAUGUUGGAUCCAAUUCCUCCCAAUAACUCAAUUGGUUGCGAGGAGAAAGGAGAAUUUAUUGGCAGCUAAAGCCACAGUUCAAAGUGUUAGGAAAAUUGGGAAUGCAUUUGUUCACUCAGAACAUCUUUGGGCUUCUGCAUUUCUUGUAUUCGGAUUCAAAUCCGAACCCCCAAUUGUGCAGCUGAAGGCGAUGGAUAUGGUUCUCUACAUAAGGAAGACAGCACUCCCUAUGGCAAUUAGGUCUUUCACGACCUUCUCAAGGUGCAACUCAGCACUAGAGCUGCUGAAAGUGUGCACUAAUGUGCUGGAGGAAGUAGAGAAGUCGUUUGUGACUCAAAUACAAGACUGGUGCCACGGCUCCUUAUGUUGGAAGACCAAGAAGUUGCAGGGUAACCAAAAGGUGGAUGAGUUUGUGUGGCAAGAUGUGACUUUGCUGAAGGCUAGCUUGCUCGAGUCGAGAGCGAAGCUACUCCUUAGAGGUGGACAUUUUGACAGUGGUGAAGAGCUUUGCAGAACAUGUAUUAGUAUACGAACUGUAAUGCUGGGGCAUAACCAUGCACAAACCUUGGCCGCGCAAGAAACACUGGCAAAGUUAGUGAGGAUGAGAAGCAAGAUUUGAUUAUGGAUGUUGCUGUUUAUUAUGUUUCUCUCUGUCUUUGGAACAAAACAAAUCCCCGCCACGCUUGGGUUUGCUCAGUUUUGUCUGCGUUAAUGUUAUCAG